CAGCUGAGCUGCCUGGGCGAGGCUGGGAUCACUUGGGAUCGGCUCCAGGGAUCCUGUGCUCUCUUGGGGGCGGGAUUGGGGUGCAGGACUGUACCAGAUUCGGGGAGCGCUCGGCGAUCUUCCUGCUCUACAGGGCGUGAGAGAAAAAGUCUCAGGGUUUUUAAAAGGAAGCGGCGGCAGUUUUCCAGAUCUGUCAGAGGCUGGGGAGUCACAGCUUCCGGUCCGGGGCGACGGGGCCCGAGGGGAGCCCUGCUGUGAUCCCCGGGCCCCGGAGGAAGAGCCUAGAGGCCAAGCGCCAUGGCGUCCAUCCUGGACGAGUACGAGGACUCGCUGUCCCGCUCCGCCGUCUUGCAGCCCGGCUGCCCAAGCGUGGCCAUCCCCCACUCGGGCUAUGUGAAUGCCCAGCUAGAGAAGGAAGUGCCCAUCUUCACAAAGCAGCGCAUCGACUUUACACCUUCUGACCGAAUCACCAGUCUUGUGGUGUCUUGCAAUCAGCUCUGCCUGAGCCUGGGGAAGGAUAUCCUCCUCCGCAUCGACUUGGGCAAGGCCAAUGAGCCCAACCAUGUGGAGCUGGGGCGCAAGGAUGAUUCCAAAGUGCACAAGAUGUUCCUGGACCCUACUGGUUCUCACCUGCUGAUUGCUCUGAGCAGCACGGAGGUCCUUUACAUGAACCGUAAUGGACAGAAGGUGCGGCCACUAGCACGCUGGAAGGGGCAGCUGGUGGAGAGUGUGGGCUGGAACAAGGCACUGGGCACCGAGAGCAGCACAGGUCCCAUCCUGGUUGGAACUGCCCAAGGUCAGAUCUUCGAAGCAGAGCUCUCAGCCAGUGAGGGUGGGCUUUUUGGCCCUGCCCCAGAUCUCUACUUCCGUCCAUUGUAUGUGCUGAACGAAGAAGGGGGUCCAGCACCUGUGUGCUCCCUGGAGGCUGAGCGGGGUCCUGAUGGGCGUGGCUUUGUUAUUGCCACCACUCGGCAGCGCCUCUUCCAGUUCAUAGGCCGAGCGGCAGCAGAGGGAACUGAGGCCCAGGGCUUCUCAGGGCUCUUUGCUGCCUACACAGACCACCCACCCCCAUUCCGUGAGUUUCCCAGCAACCUAGGCUACAGUGAGUUGGCUUUCUAUGUACCCAAGCUGCGCUCUGCACCCCGAGCCUUCGCCUGGAUGAUGGGGGAUGGCGUGUUGUAUGGUUCAUUGGACUGUGGGCGCCCCGACUCCCUCCUGAGUGAAGAGCGCGUCUGGGAGUACCCAGAAGGAGUAGGUCCUGGGGCCAGCCCGCCCCUAGCCAUCGUCCUGACCCAGUUCCACUUCCUACUGCUGUUGGUGGACCGGGUGGAAGCUGUGUGCACCCUGACAGGGCAGGUGGUACUGCGAGAUCACUUCCUGGAGAAGUUUGGGCCACUCAAGCACAUGGUGAAGGACUCUUCCACAGGUCAGCUAUGGGCCUAUACUGAGCGCGCUGUCUUCCGCUACCACGUACAGCGUGAGUCCCGUGAUGUCUGGCGCACCUACUUGGACAUGAACCGCUUUGACCUGGCCAAGGAGUACUGUCGGGAACGACCUGACUGCCUGGACACAGUUCUGGCCCGGGAGGCCGAUUUCUGCUUCCGUCAGCGUCGCUACCUGGAAAGUGCCCACUGCUAUGCCCAGACCCAGAGCUACUUUGAGGAGAUUGCCCUGAAAUUCUUGGAGGCCCGGCAGGAGGAGGCCCUGGCUGAGUUCCUACAGCGAAAACUGGCUAGUUUGAAGCCAGGCGAGCGUACCCAGGCCACGCUGCUGACCACCUGGCUGACAGAACUCUAUCUGAGCCGGCUUGGGGCUCUGCAGGGUGACCCAGAGGCCCUGAACCUCUAUCGGGAGACCCGAGAGCGCUUCCGCACCUUUCUCAGCAGCCCUCGCCACAAGGAGUGGCUCUUUGCCAGCCGGGCCUCUAUCCAUGAGCUGCUCGCCAGUCAUGGGGACAUGGAGCAUAUGGUGUACUUUGCUGUGAUCAUGCAGGACUAUGAGCGGGUGGUGGCGUACCACUGCCAGCAUGAGGCCUAUGAGGAGGCCUUGGCUGUGCUUGCCGGCCACCGUGACCCCCAGCUCUUCUACAAGUUCUCACCCAUCCUCAUCCGUCAUAUCCCCUGCCAGCUGGUAGAUGCCUGGAUCGAGAUGGGCAGCCGGCUGGAUGCCCGGCAGCUCAUCCCUGCUCUGGUAAACUAUAGCCAGGGUGGUGAGGCCCAGCAGGUGAGCCAGGCUAUCCGCUACAUGGAGUUCUGCGUGAAUGUGCUUGGGGAGACUGAGCAGGCCAUUCACAACUACCUGCUGUCACUGUACGCCCGUGGCCAGCCAGCCUCACUGCUGGCCUACCUAGAGCAGGCUGGUGCCAGCCCACACCGUGUACAUUAUGACCUUAAGUAUGCGCUGCGGCUCUGUGCUGAGCACGGCCACCACCGUGCUUGUGUCCACGUCUACAAGGUGCUGGAGCUGUACGAGGAGGCUGUGGACCUGGCCCUGCAGGUGGACAUGGACCUGGCUAUGCAAUGUGCAGACUUGCCUGAGGAGGAUGAGGAGCUCCGCAAGAAACUGUGGCUCAAGAUCGCUCGGCACGUGGUACAGGAAGAGGAAGACGUGCAGACCGCCAUGGCCUGUCUGGCCAGCUGUCCCCUACUCAAGAUUGAGGAUGUGCUACCCUUCUUCCCUGAUUUUGUCACCAUUGACCAUUUCAAGGAGGCAAUCUGUAGCUCACUUAAGGCCUACAACCAGCACAUCCAGGAGCUGCAGAAGGAGAUGGAAGAGGCCACAGCCAGUGCCCAGCGCAUCCGGCGAGAUUUGCAGGAGCUGCGGGGCCGCUAUGGCACUGUGGAGCCUCAGGACAAAUGCGCUACCUGCGACUUCCCCCUCCUCAACCGCCCUUUUUACCUCUUCCUCUGUGGCCACAUGUUCCAUGCUGACUGCCUGUUGCAGGCUGUGCGGCCUGGCCUGCCUGCUUACAAGCAGGCCCGGCUGGAGGAGCUGCAGCGAAAGCUGGGGGCUGCACCACCCCCAGCCAAGGGUUCUGCCCGGGCCAAAGAGGCUGAGGGUGGAGUUGCUGCUGGUGGGCCCAGCCGGGAACAGCUCAAGGCUGACCUAGAUGAACUGGUAGCUGCUGAGUGCGUGUACUGUGGGGAGCUGAUGAUCCGCUCCAUUGACCGGCCCUUCAUUGACCCGCAGCGCUAUGAGGAGGAGUACCUCAGCUGGCUGUAGGAUGGUGUGUCCCCAACACAGUGGACAGGCAAGGGGAGCAGCUGCUCGUGCCUCUUGGGAAGGCCACACCUAGUCUGUGCUCAGUCUUGCAGUUUGUGUGGGUUGGGAGUGGGAGUCAUUCUGCCGGCCUCCCACUGUGCUCUGACCUGCUUAGACUGCGGUCCCCCCAGACCUGCAGCCCAUUCCCACCCCUGUGUCUCAACCUUGUUAUUCCCCACCCGCACCUUCUGGACUGAGAGGAUCCUUGUCCACUCUGUGGUCUCUGGACCUACCUCUUCUCCCUCAGGGGAGGCCGUCUCCUUUGUGCACUGCGUGUCCCAGAGGUGGGAAGGCAGCCGUCCCAGGCGUGGGGAAUGGCGGGAAGGUGAUGCACACUCCAGGGCUCCUGUGUGAGGAGUCUGUGUGUCUGAGGGCCUCAUGGGCACAGUGGGAGAUAGCGGUGGGUGGAGAAUAUUAAACUGCUGCACUGGCAGCUCUGAAAUUGA